AUGGCGACCGAGGGCAAGCCACUUGCCUUGGUGGUCCUGGUCCAUCCAAAGACAACCGAGAACCGGGAUAAGGCCCUCCACCUCAACGCCUCCGUGACGCCCUUCUUCCGGCGUCCCAGCACACAAUGCACGACACGCAGCAUCUUCACGCCGGCGACGCGCCCGAAGGCGAAUCUGGGGAUGGUGCCGGCGGCGGAGAAGGGCAGCAUGUUCGGGGUGGUCGAGAUCUGGACGUCGCCGGCCGCGCUGGCCACGCUAAAGACCACGGCUCCACCCGAGUACAGGCAGUACCACUCGACCGUGGCGCGGGAGGGGCUGUACAGCGCCGAAAGGGACAUGGAUAUCUCCGAGUGGACGCCCUGUGCAGGGUUCGUGGCGCGCAAGGGCGAGAAGGAGACGCCCAAGGCCGGCAUCGUCAUGCUGGCCAAGUUCGUCUGCAAGGACGGCGAAGGCAUGAAGGACGGGUUGGUCAGUGUUAUUGGGAAAUUCUGCGACUGGGUCGAAGCCAAUGAAUUCGGGACCUUGACGUACAGCGUGAUGACCAGCGCCACAGCGCCCAACGAGGUCCUCCUGUUCGAGCGGUACAAGGACCUCGCGGCGCUGGGCGUGCACGGCAAGACGGCCGAGUUUAGAGCCAUGUUCAAAGGAACAGGCCGCUUCAUCCAGGUGAAGAAGACGGUGCUGAGCGAGUGGGAGGAGCUCGAGGGCUCGUUCGUCUCGAACCAACCCGGCGGCGCUGGGGUCGGCGGACAGGCGAAGCUGUAA